CAUAUUUUUUUACUUCUUCUUAUAAGAACAUUUGGGCGAAAUGAGCCGGAAAAUAACAAGUCAUGGAUGGAUGUAACAUGGUUGUGUAGGUCCCCACUGUGAUAUGGUUAUGGCUAUGGCUAUGGCUAUUGUACAAGCUUAGACAAUAACAGCAACAAGAAGAAGAAGAAGCUGAGCAACAACACAUCAAAGGAACCUAAUCUCAUUUCAUCAUUCCAAUUCCACAUGGAUACCAUCCCUACUUCAAUCAACAGUGGUUUUGGAUGGAAAUCGUCCUCCUUUUUUCUACAAUCCAAUUCCUUCAACCUAAUUUCAAUUCCAUUCAAACCAAAACCGUCUCUCACCAAGUUUACUCUCACUUGCUCUGCCGCCUCUUCUUCUUCUGAUCCUCUCUUGGUGAAGGCUGCAAGGGGAGAUCCUGUUAAUCGUCCUCCGGCAUGGAUGAUGCGUCAGGCAGGAAGGUACAUGGCUGUUUACAGAAAGCUUGCCAAGAAACAUCCGUCCUUCCGAGAGAGGUCUGAGACAACUGAUCUCAUUGUAGAAAUUUCUUUGCAGCCUUGGAAAGCUUUCAGGCCCGAUGGAGUAAUUAUUUUCUCCGACAUCCUUACACCUCUACCUGCAUUUGGGAUUGACUUUGACAUAGAAGAUGUCAGGGGACCUGUAAUACAGUCACCUAUACGCUCUGAGGAGGGAUUAAAGGUUUUGCACCCUAUUGACUUCGACAAGCUUAGAUUUGUAGGAGAUUCACUUAAGAUCCUACGGCAAGAGGUUGGUGGUCAUGCUGCUGUUUUAGGUUUCGUCGGAGCACCUUGGACAUUGGCAACAUAUAUAGUUGAAGGAGGUACAACGCGCACAUAUACAACCAUUAAGAGCAUGUGCCAUACAGCACCACACAUACUGAAGACUCUGCUUUCUCAUUUGACAAAGGCAAUAGCAGAUUACAUCAUUUUCCAAGUGGAAUCUGGGGCUCACUGCAUACAAAUAUUUGAUUCGUGGGGUGGACAACUACCGCCUGAGAUGUGGGAACGCUGGUCAAAGCCUUAUAUCAAAGAGAUUGUAAAUUUGGUCAAGAAAAAGUGCCCAGACACACCACUUGUUCUUUAUAUAAAUGGAAAUGGUGGCCUUCUCGAGCGUAUGAUAGAUACUGGAGUUGAUGUUAUUGGACUCGAUUGGACAGUGGAUAUGGCUGACGGUAGAAGAAGAUUAGGUAGCGGAAUAGGCGUGCAAGGAAAUGUCGACCCUGCUUACUUAUUCUCUCCUCUUACUGCCCUGACCGAAGAAAUUCAGAGGGUUGUGCGGUGUGCGGGACCUAAACAACACAUCCUUAAUCUUGGGCAUGGUGUUCUUGUUGGAACACCUGAAGAAGCCGUUGCACAUUUCUUUGAAGUAGCCAGGAGCUUGAAGUUUGACACAGUCUCUCAAAAUAACACUGCAAGUGUAGUUUGAAGCCAAAUGCCAUUUGUGUUGCCAAAUGUAGUUUGAAGAGUUCAGGUCUAGUCCUUCUUGAUUCUAAUGCAGCUAUGUGAUGAUGAUUUGCACAUUGCUGUGUCGGCUAAAGGUUAAAAAGAGUCUACAUUAUUCUGUAUUUUGUAAUUGUGUAUAAUAAAUUAAUUAGAGGAUUCGUCCUAUUUGUUUUUUUGAGUAUAAUAACAUUAAUUUUUUAUUACAUUAAUUUGUUAGGAAGCUUUGACUUGUCCUCUGAUGAAGUUGGUACUCUAUUUUCAGUGUAGUUUGGUUUAGAUUUUUUUAUUUAUAUUUCAUUGUCACGA